AUGAUUUGUCAAAGGUUCCUCACUCCGGCCGGCAGCGGAUUCCGCAAAGCUCAACCUGAUUGGAACCUUCUCUCGGGCGUCGGCCUCGAUCUAGGCAGUGCGAGAGGUUUGUUACAACUUCAGCGAAGAGGGGCGCUUAGAAUGCCAUCCAUCCAACUGCAUUCAACCACCCUUACCAUGGCAGAAUGGCUUUACAUCCGCGCCGCACAGGAGUGCUUUUUCAUCAACAGCCAACAGUAUGCCCUCAGAGCUGUUUGGGCCAACGUGAGGGAGGUGGCCUCUCAAGUCGAAUUGCGCCAUUCUGAGUGA